UAAACGCAAAACCAUCUCAUGAUUGUACCUUCCAAACACACUUUCAACCCAUCCACAUUCAAUUCAUCAAUGUCUCUUUCCCUCGCUGUCUCAAUCAUCCAAUGUCAAACACAUUCAUCUUCGAAACAAGAUGGACAAAUCCAAAAUCGAAGAAAUCACCAUCUCCAACCUCCCACAAUCAGAAUCAGAUAAACCUCCCGAACUUUCCCUCUAUCGACAAAUUUCAAAUCAGCCCUCAAACACGGGUUUAAUCAGCUACAAUGAUCUACCAUCCUGGCACCAAGACAAUCCUUCAAUCUAUACAUCCUACCGACCCAUCAGCCACUCCAUAUCCCGCUCCCUAAAAUCCCUCUUCACCUUACACAACGAAACCCUAAACAUCCACACGCAUUCUCUCCCCUUCCUCACCUGUCUCCUCCUCACCGGACUCAUCUUCUACAUCUUCUCCAUCUAUUUUCCACACAGUCCACUGGUUGAUAAAUUCAUCUUUGCCAUCUUCUUUCUUACGACUACAGUAUGUAUGGGUCUUAGUACAGGAUAUCACACGUUGAUGAAUCAUUCACAAGAGGUAGCGGGAAUAUGGUUACGGUUAGAUUUUUGUGGGAUUGUGGUUGCGAUUUUGGGGGAUUUUGUUACGGGGAUUUAUGUCGCUUUUUAUUGCGAGUGGAAGUUACAGGUGGGAUAUUGGGUUAUGGUUUGUGCUCUACGUUCUUUUUCCUUUUAUUCUUCAAUUUUCCAUUUUAUUUCUUUUUCAUGUUAUUUAAAUACCCAGACAGUGGGCAAUCUCAACUCGGCAUAUUCUUACACUCUAGAACAUAGAUCAUAACUCUAACCUCUACAAUCCUGAUUCUUCUCCUGCAUCCACGUUUUCAAGGUCUCCAAUGGCGCACUUUCCGCGUGUGUAUGUUUAUUGGAACCGCCUGCUCAGCUUUUGCACCGAUUAUUAAUGGGAUUGUUUAUUUUGGAUGGCAUGAAGUAGUGGGAGGGACAGGUAUGCCGUGGUAUCUUGGAGAGGGAGGAGUACUUGUUUUGGGGGCUAUGGUUUAUGCUGUGAGUUUCCCUGUUCUUCUAAAUCUAAUUUCCCUCAUUCCAACUCGUGACGAAAGGGGGUGUUUGUUAAGUUGAGACUACUUGGGUAGAUUCGGCUAAAGAAUAUCAAGAGAAGAAAAAGGGACAAACAGAACUAAUGAAAACCCUAAAUAGUUACGUAUCCCAGAAUGUUAUUUCCCGGGUAAAUUCGAUAUAAUAGGUCAUUCGCAUCAGAUUUUCCAUCUCCUGGUUGUGGGUGCUGCGGGGUUGCAUUUGGUGGGUUUGUUGAAGGCGUAUAAUUAUGAAUAUUAUCAUCCAAGAUGCGGGUUGAGGUAGCUUUGGGGUUUGUUGCUAAGGGGGAGAAGAUUGGAGUUGGUUAUUUGGAAUGAGAGGGCUUUUGGGAGGGAAUAUUUGAGAAGGCAAGAG